UAGGAGGCCAUUUCCCUGAGCUCAGUUGUUAGUGGUGUAUUUCUUGUUUGUUUACGUUCCUUCAACCCGGCAGUCAAAGCGAGAGCAUCACACGUUUAAAUUCAUUGUCCGUAUAUAGCAAAUCGAGAAAUCCCUCACAAGUUGAAGCAUAAACAUAGUAACAUAACAGCAUAGAGAAGAGUUUCCAGCUAAAUCUUUAUCUUCAUCUUCAUCUUCAUCACUUUCAUUCUUCCAGAUAUUCUUUUAGUCUUUUUCGUUAACAUCUCAUCUACAUUAUGGAAACACUUGCGUAUCUCAGUCCGCCCAAGAACUUGCUGACAAUCUUGUCCCAGCCCUCGUUCCUUUACGAUAAACUUCAUUUGUCUCCCAGACAAGAUUUGAUUCCUGGAAUUCCUGACGGAAUCUUGGCUCUCAUUGCUCCCAUAGUAGCCUAUUGGACCUAUGCGACAUUCUUCCAUAUCAUCGACGUGUACGAGUUAGCUGAAAUGUAUCGUAUCCAUCCAAGUGAAGAGGAAGUGCUGAGGAAUAAGGCUUCCCUCAGAGACGUUAUUCUCGAUGUUGUUCUCCAGCAUAUUAUCCAGAGCAUCUUUGGUUUGGCUGUUUACAAAUUAGACACGCCACCUAGACCAGGUCAAGACUGGGAGCAGAUGUGGGUGUUGAGACAUAACUACUUACCUCCAUAUGUACCUGAUGCCGUGCUAUACUACGGCUACAUGUACGGCUUCUCGGUACUCAAGUUGGCUGCUGCUAUCACUUUUGUCGAUACCUGGCAGUAUUGGUUGCAUCGUAUCAUGCACAUGAACAAGACGUUGUACCGUAGAUUUCACUCCAGACACCACCGUUUGUAUGUUCCCUAUGCUUAUGGGGCCUUGUACAACGAUCCAGUUGAAGGGUUCUUGUUGGAUACGGCCGGAACUGGUAUUGCUGGAUUCAUAACCUUCUUGUCUCCAAGAGAAACCAUUUUUCUCUAUACCUUUGCUACCUUGAAAACUGUAGACGACCACUGUGGCUAUAGACUUCCCUUCGAUCUCUUCCAGAUCAUCUUUCCCAAUAACUCUAUCUACCAUGACAUACACCACCAGAACUGGGGCAUCAAAAACAAUUUCUCACAACCAUUUUUCACUAUUUGGGACAGAUGGUUCGGUACCCAGUACAAGUUUGUCAACGAGUACAGAGAUCUUCAAGAACACAUCACGUUAUCCAAGUACAAGGAGUUCUUGGAAAAGAAGACAGGAGGCAGAUAUAGUAAGCACAAGAGCGGCUCACAAAAGGAGGAGUCGCUCACUCCCGUCGAAUCAAAAAAGGAACAGUAAUCUCUCAUUUCUUGUAUAUUUCAUUUUUUCUGUUGAGACUACACCCAUGUUAAUAUCCUCAAUGGACAGAGUCCAUUUUCUACUAAUACCUUUAAUGACUACUGAACGCUGAAUACACAAAUAUAG